AUGGCCGUAGCGAAGAAGUUAUCUAAUGCUGAGCUUGCAUCACUCAAGCAAAAGUUCAUACAGUGGUUUGCGAAAAAAGCCCAGAGGGAACUGAACAUUCUCAUCACAGGGAAAACUGGUGUAGGCAAAUCUCGGCUUGUGAAUGCUCUUGUCGGACGAAACGUCGCGAAGGAAGGGCGAGAGAAAAGGCCCUGCACAACCGAUAUCAACCCGUACAGUAUUUUCUUAAAUGGUAUCAAAGUCGUAGUUUGGGAUUCCCCUGGACUUCAAGAUGGAACAGGUAACGAUGAACUUUAUUUGGCAAACUUGAAGAAACAUGGCUUUGAUAUCAUGAUCUAUUGUAUCAAGAUGGAUGAUAAAAGAUUUCAUUCUGAGGACAAGAUGGCCGUCCGACAGCUUACAGCUAGUUUUGGAAAGGAUCUUUGGAAGAAAUCCGUGAUUGCCUUAACCUUUGCCAAUAAAAUUGAAGACCCAGAUGAGGAGGACGAGUUGGCAUACUUCAUGGGCGACUUGUAUUUUUGGCAAAAGGAGAUUGACAGUUAUUUAGGUACCGAGCUGGGCAUCGAGUCUCGAGUACGCAAUGAUAUUCCAAUCACUCCCAGCGGCAACUCUAAAAAGCUUCGUUUACCUUCUUGUGAUCACUGGCUCGCUGAUUUGUGGUCGAAGUGCUUUUCUGUUAUGGACCAUUCCUCGGGACUGGCGUGGUAUGAGAUAAAUAAGGAUCGCGUAAAAUUCUCGUGCUCUGCAGAGAUGGCAGCCGCGUGUAGCUCUAGCUCAAUGAGUGCUCAGGGUGAAUUGUCAAGUAGUUUUAAAUCUGAAAGUUCCCAAGAUACAGAUGAGUCAGAGGACAUUCCAAAAGAGAUUCCCUUGAACGAUAAACAAGAAAUUUCGCUUCUGAAAAAAAUGUGGGAGGCGUUUGUGUUGAGUGGUGCAGUAACACUCGCUACAGCGGUAACUUUUACUGUUCUUACGGUACUAUUUCGACGCUAA